AUGAACAAACAGCUCAUUACUCUGCUAUGCGUCACUUCGACGGCAUUUUCUUGGCAGCCGUUACCCUUUCGUUGCUGGAGCGUUUCGACACUUAUGAGGCCCAUCGCCUUUGUGGAGUAUGCAAAGUGUGCACGGAAGUGCACGAUUUGGCUAUCGCACAACAUCAUCAAUAAUUUCCUCCUUCUUCACUGCUCAUCCAUCGUCUCAUCUAGCAUUUGUCUUGUGGGUGCGGAUUUGCUGCAAAACAUUCUACAUUCCUUGACGCUCGCAGAGAUCUGUCAACUCGAACACAUGUGCUCAGCCUCGGCUUCCGGCUUUCCACAGAAACACCUAAACUUAUCACGGCUCCACUCUUACGACGUGGAUGCUAUUAACGUAGGAGUUUUAUUGAUU